UCUUUACAAGCUCUUGAAACGAUUCAUAGAGUGAACAUGGGAGGUCCGCUUGUAUCGGCUAACAACGAUACUCUUACAAGAACUUGGGUGCCUGACUCGAGCUUUCUCCUUGAGAAGAACUUAGCUAAGACUGUCUCUAAAGUUGCAACUGUUAACUACGUUAACGGUUACGCUACAGAGGACUCUGCUCCAAGAGUUGUUUACGGUAGUUGCACUGAGAUGAACUCUGCGGAUAACCCCAAUAGCAACUUCAAUGUCACAUGGGAGUUCGAUGUUGAGCCAGGCUUUCAGUACUACUUCCGCUUCCAUUUCUGCGAUAUCGUUAGUUUGUCUCUAAACCAGCUAUACUUCAAUCUUUAUGUUGACUCAAUGACUGCUGCUACUGAUAUUGAUCUUAGCACUCUUGUUGACAACACAUUGGCUGGUGCAUACUCGAUGGACUUUGUCACGCAGUCGCCUAAGAGUUCUGAUAAAAUCCGUGUGAGCAUCGGUCCAUCGACUGUUCACACAGAUUAUCCAAACGCGAUUGUGAAUGGUUUGGAGAUCAUGAAGAUGAAUAACUCCAAAGGUCAGCUAAGUACAGGGGCGUUUGUGCCCGGUAGUAGUAGUUCAAGCACUAAGCAGAAUCAUGUUGGGAUGAUUAUAGGUUCAACCAUUGGUUCGUUGAUUGCGUUAGUCUUCUUGGGAAGUUGCUUUGUGUUGUAUAAGAAGAGGAAACGUGGCCAAGACGGUCAUUCGAAGACUUGGAUGCCGUUUUCAAUAAAUGGAACUUCAGCUACAAUGGGAAGCAAAUACUCGAAUGGGACUACACUUACAAGUAUAACUACUAAUGCCAACUACCGUAUUCCCUUUGCUGCUGUUAAAGACGCUACAAACAACUUCGACGAGAGUCGUAACAUUGGUGUGGGAGGUUUUGGUAAAGUCUACAAAGGAGAGCUUAAUGAUGGCACAAAGGUAGCUGUCAAAAGAGGAAACCCUAAAUCUCAGCAAGGGCUUGCGGAGUUCAGGACAGAGAUCGAGAUGUUAUCGCAGUUUCGUCAUCGUCAUUUGGUUUCUCUGAUUGGUUAUUGUGAUGAGAACAAUGAGAUGAUACUGAUAUAUGAGUAUAUGGAGAAUGGAACAGUAAAGGGUCAUCUUUACGGGUCAGGUAACCCUAGCUUAACGUGGAAGCAACGGCUUGAGAUCUGCAUUGGCGCGGCUAGAGGGUUGCAUUACCUUCACACUGGUGACUCGAAACCCGUCAUUCACAGAGAUGUGAAAUCUGCAAAUAUAUUGCUAGACGAGAACUUCAUGGCUAAAGUUGCAGACUUUGGACUGUCCAAGACUGGACCUGAGCUUGAUCAGACUCAUGUAAGUACUGCUGUGAAAGGAAGUUUCGGGUAUCUUGACCCUGAGUACUUCAGAAGGCAACAGCUCACUGAGAAAUCCGAUGUUUACUCAUUCGGUGUUGUUCUCUUUGAGGUUCUCUGUGCUAGACCUGUUAUAGACCCAACACUUCCAAGAGAGAUGGUGAAUCUUGCUGAAUGGGCAAUGAAGUGGCAGAAGAAAGGGCAACUGGAUCAGAUCAUUGACCAGUCCCUUCGUGGUAACAUCAGACCUGAUUCGUUAAGGAAAUUUGCGGAAACAGGUGAGAAAUGUUUGGCGGAUUACGGAGUAGAUAGACCAUCCAUGGGAGAUGUGUUGUGGAAUCUUGAAUAUGCGUUGCAGCUUCAAGAAGCAGUCAUAGAUGGCGAACCAGAAGAUAACAGCACGAAUAUGAUUGGUGAGUUACCUCCACAGAUCAACAACUUCAGUCGUGGAGACACGAGUGUUAACGUUCCAGGGACAACGGGGCAGUUCGAAGAAUCGAGCAUUGAUGAUCUCUCUGGUGUUUCCAUGAGUAAAGUCUUCUCUCAACUGGUGAAAUCUGAGGGAAGAUAGUGAGGGGAUUUUGGCGAAUGUAGUGUGUGAUUCUUACAUACGGAAGCAGAAGUAAGCAAAUUUAUGUAAACCAGGAAAAGGCAUCAGGUUUUUUCUCAGAUAGGAUCUUUGUUCUCUGCUCGACCUGUUCUGUUCUGUUCUUCAUCAGUGAAAAAAGUUUCCUCUGUUUCAUUUUUAUUCCUCUCUCUCUCCCUUUAUCCUGAGUUUGUAUUUUAUUAAUGUUCAUUUGAAAUUGUCUGAGAUUUGUUUGUUCUUUUUAUUAUAUGGAUGUUUUUAACACUCUUUGUUGUUUCAAUUGUACUGUAAUUUUAGAGAAGUCAAAAUCUAGUUCUUUCUUGUU